UUGACAGUUAUGGCGUACAGUUGGUAUUGAUUUGCCAUAUAAAUUGAUACAGUUCGAUAUCGCCAGGAUGGGAUUCCCGCCUAACUACUUAACGUACGAGGGUGGACACAGUUUUGUCUCCCGUCUGUGGGGGCCCUUAGUAAGUGCGAUAGGGACGGCCAGAUGUUUUAUCAUUUAUCGCGCGACCAUAAUUGCCUGCCUGGAAAUCUGAACGCAACAUUUUAUGAACGCUACGUUAAUCUCAUUUAUAUGAAAUGUGAAUUUUGAUUAGACGCCUAAAAAUCAACCAAUCCCGUUAAGGCGCCGCGAUUAUGUUUGUAAUUGAGAACUAUUACGACUUGUCAAACAGUACCGAUCAUUGUAAACUGGUUUCCAAGUAGAAAUUUCGCUUAUAAUUUCGACUAUCAAUAAACGAAGUAUAUUAUAAAAAUGUCGGAAAAUGGCCUCGACGAUGCGUAAGAAAACUCAAGUAUCUUUCGUAAUCCGCGACGAGGAAGAACGCCGUCAUAAAAAUGGCGUUAGUUCACUGCAAUUGGACCCAAUACAAGGCAGACUAUAUUCCGCAGGCCGAGAUGGGAUCAUUAGAGUAUGGAAUACGGCUACGGGUGUCCAGGAUAGAUAUAUACAAAGCAUGGAACAUCACACAGACUGGGUGAACGACAUAGUUCUAUGCUGCGGCGGCAAAAACCUUAUAAGUGCAUCUUCUGACACCACCGUCAAAGUAUGGAACGCGCCGAAAGGAUUUUGCAUGUCUACUUUACGUACUCACAAAGAUUACGUACGCACACUAGCUUACGCUAAAGAGAAAGAACAAGUAGCCAGCGCCGGCUUAGACCGUGCAAUCUUCCUUUGGGAUGUCAACACAUUGACAGCUUUAACUGCAAGCAAUAACACAGUGACAACUUCUAGUCUCGUCGGUAAUAAGGAGUCUAUAUACAGUCUAGCUAUGAAUCCACCUGGCACAGUCUUAGUAAGUGGUUCAACUGAAAAAGUACUCAGAGUUUGGGACCCUAGAAACUGUGCAAGGCUUAUGAAACUAAAAGGACAUUCGGACAAUGUUAAGGCACUGGUUGUGAGCAGAGAUGGUCAGCAGUGUGUAUCAGGCAGCUCUGACGGUACAAUAAAAUUGUGGUCUCUAGGACAGCAGAGGUGUGUAUCUACAAUUAGAGUUCAUACAGAAGCAGUAUGGGCACUUUUGGCUACUGAAAACUUUACACAUAUUAUCUCAGGAGGCAGAGACAAACUAGUCAUUAUAACGGAGCUGCGGAAUCCUGAUAAUUCAAUAAUAGUCUGUGAAGAAACUGCACCCAUUCUGAAAUUGUGUUUUACUGCUGACCAGCAAGGUGUUUGGGUGUCUACUUCAGAAUCUGACAUUCGGUGUUGGAAACUGCCACCAUUAUCUAAUAUAAACUCGGACAUGUAUAAUCAGAACAAUUAUAAUCCUAACAAUGUAUAUCAGACUCAGCCCACCACAAGUAUACCCGGAGGGCCAGCAAUAAGACACUAUAAAGUAUUAAAUGACAAACGCCACAUAUUAACGAAAGACACUGCAAACAAUGUGGCUCUGUAUGAUGUGCUAAAAGCAUGUAAGCUAGAAGACUUAGGUGAAGUAGAUUUUGAAGAAGAAGUGAAAAAACGUUUUAAAAUGGUUUAUGUCCCAAACUGGUUCAACGUUGAUUUGAAGACUGGUAUGUUAACUAUUCAUUUAGGACAGGAUGAGACAGAUUGCCUCAGUGCUUGGGUGAGUGCGGAAGCCGGACUGACAACAGAGUUGGACCAGAAAGUCAAUUUUGGUGCAUUACUGUUGCAAGCUUUGUUGGAGCACUGGAAUCAUCCAAGCAGGGUGUCUGACGCUGGACAAAAAGUGAUUGGGAACAAUUUUUUCAGUGUGCCAUUGCACACACCAUUAAUAUUUAGUGAAGUUGGAGGCAGAACACUUUAUAGGCUACAGGUCGGUGAUGCAGGUGGUGAGACAGAAGGCAACUUACUAAACGAGACGGUACCAGUAUGGGUGGUGGAUGUAGCCAUAGAGAUGGCUGCGCCGAAGCUAAACAAGCUGCCUUUUUACCUGCUGCCCCAUGCUAGCUGUCAGACUAAACAAGACCGGCAGAAAAAGGACCGAUUAGUGGCGAAUGACUUCAUCCAAUGCCGGAAGGUAGCGGAGCAUGUUGUGGAGAAGAUCGUCGGCGGUGGCGACGGCGGGUCACCGCGCGCCGCGCGCGAACCCGCGCCGGAGCCCCAAGACCGAGUAGAGUUGCUUUGCGCAGACCAGGUACUGGACCCGAACAUGGACUUACGUACAGUGAGGCACUUCAUAUGGAAAUCUAACGUGGAAUUCACUCUGCACUACAGAGUUUUGAAGCAAUGAUUCAGCUAGUACAGUGGCUGGUGAUAUAAUAUGUAAAGAGAACCAUAGAUUAUCUGGGUACCUAGCCAACGUCAGAAUCGCUUACCGUUAUCGUACCCAGCUCUAUUGCUCUUCCGUGUUGGCGCGACAGAGCCCGUUUCGAUCGCCACAGCGUCAACAAUUGUCACUUUUGCUAGGCCAGCAGUUAAUUGGCACUGUUACCUUUUGCGAUUAAAUGACAGGCCAACAUCGGGUGAUCUGUCUGUCAUUGACAUGAGCCGCAGUCUUGCAGAUAUAUGACGGUCAGUAUUAUUUGUCUUUUGGACGCUCGAGACACGGCCCCUUAAGCCCCAUUAAUGGUUCAAGAACUGAAUGCCAUUUUCGUUACAUCGCGGUUUGAUUAAGCAAUUGAAUUCUUGUUACUUUGUAGUUAGAAAUUACCCGAAUAUUGCAUAAAGGUCUUGGACCAUCUUAAUGGGGCUUGUUCAACACAGCCAUAUUUUGCUAAAUGAAUAUAUUAUGCCAUGUUCUCGAGUAAAACCACAUUGCAGCUUACUAUAAAUACUUAGCUUUCGAAAUUUACUCUUCACCAAACAAACAACAUGUUAUAAUAAUGGCUAAGGCUAAGACCGUUUUCACAUUAUCCGAUCCGAUAUCGGAUGUCGGAAGGAUUUCAAUAGAAAAAAUCCAAGAUGGCGCCAGUAAUAUAUGGGAUAUCGGUCCGACAUCCGAUAUCGGAUCGGAUAAUGUGAAAACGCACUAAGGGCUCUCUAACAUGUUGUUCUUAUCGCAAACAACAUGUUAGAGAGUCCUUAUUAUACAGUGUGGUGACUUUGCUUGAGAACGGCACACAGAUAAUACUGGUCAGGAUUUACUAUGGGACCAGCACCGAAGUAGAAAAAAAAAUAUAGCUUUUCAUACUUUUUGACUUUUCAUUACAUGUCGUCGUUUAUAUGUUAAAGAAACCAAAAAUCCUCAAUUGCCUACUGGUCCUAUAGUACAAAUUGCUCAGUAGACUAGCUUCUUUUCACCUUGCAGAAGUUGGCUGAGGCCUGAAGUACUCUGGUAUUAAACAAAGUUGACGAACUUACUUAAAAAUAUAAUAUUUGAAAUAGGUAUAUAAAACUAAGUUGAUUGUGCCAGCCGUGUUGUGUUGUGGCUACUUUCGUAAGGGUGCGUCCACAGGAAUUCGGCUAUUUUGAUGACAUCUUUCACUAUCGAAGCAAAAUUAAAGAGACGCCUUCACGAAUAGCCGGGUUCAAAUUGACCAAGCAGCCUCGCGCGAAAAUCGUGUGCGCAAAGCUACUCCGCAAGAUGACGGCUCUCAGUCAGGUGUUCAGAAUAGGUCUGCACACGUGCAGGCAUUCCCUCGCGAAGCUGCUCGGGCAGUGUGGACCCGGGUAAUGUUCGUUCGUGUGAACGCAGCAUAAUGUUACGACCGUUUGUCAUAUCAUGAAGGGCUCAAAUAGAAAGCCCAGAGUGGUUCCUACUUUUGCUAGAUUUCUAGCCCAUCUUGACUGAUCUUCAAAUUCUUGACACUUUAUGUUUAAUUGAAGAUUCCUGGUUGGAUAUUUCUAUCAACUAUUUCAAGAGUUUUCAUAUGUGUAUUUAAGACUGUGAUUCGUCACUGAAAAACCACAUACGGUUUAUUUUUGAGAAGAGACGCCACUAGUAACUGGAAUAGCCUAUAGUAAUCUACCCUUCAUUGUAUCUUCUUGCAUUCAUUGUACAAAAAAUCGUGUAUGGAUAUGUGUGUGUGCGUCAAAAUGAGAAUGUGUUAAUUUGUAUUCAUGUGCGUGUGUUUCGACACAGAUAUUUUUAUAAAGUGUGGGUAAUCUUCUGCAGUGUUACUUUGUCUCGCCGCAUAAUUCGACUACCAUUUUUGUACGACAUAUCUAAGGCUAUUUCAGUUGCUGUAUGUUCUUACUUAAAUAUUUCUAGUGCCGUAGCCGAAAGGCAUUUCUGCGUCGCAAAACGAAAAGGUAACGCCGCGAAAGGUAUACCUAGUCUGGCUCUGUCGCGCCAAUACGCAAGAGCGAUAGAGAUAGAUAUCUACGAGCGUUUCGUUUCGUUAGCGUUUGUGCCAUUCGGCUACGUACCCUGGUGUUACAGUAAUGUUAGGUACACUGAAGGACUUUACUUGCUGAGCCAUUAAGAGGUCACAAUAAUUUUGUUAGUUCGUAGUUAAGAUAUGAC